UAUGUUUGUAGAAACAACGAUCAAGGUAAUUCACUCCCUCUGCCCAGAAGAUUGUCAUGGAGAGAUUUGUUGGAAGCCUACAAAUGUCUCAAACUUUGAUAGAAUGAAAGUUGUUACAGCCUUUUGUCCAGAUAAAAAACAUGAGGCUAAACGGAUAUGCGACUUUUCACGUGGAUGGAAAAGAUCAAAUACAACAGAAUGUACUUCGCCACCUGUUAAAGAUUUACUUGAUCAAAUGGAAAUUAAUAACGUUUCGAGUUCGGAAGUUGGUAUAAAAAUUGCCAAUGAAACCAAAAAUACUAUGGAAUAUUCCGGAAAUAUUCGUACAUAUUCAAUUAUCUUGGAGCAUCUUUCGCAACAGUUAGGUGAUGUUUCGGACAAUAAUAUAACAUCAUUUGCUGUUUUAGAUACAGCAAAUAAUUUAUUAGACGAAAGUAAAGAAGCCGAUUGGGAGCAAUUUUCAGUUAAGAAAAAAAUGACUAUUGUUAGUAAAAUACUAACAAGCGUCGAAAACACAGUAGUUUCAUUAGUAAAUGAAACUGAUGGAGAUUUAUCUCUAAUUCAAAAAGACAACUUUGCAUUAGAAGCUAAAUUAAUUAGAGCAGACGAAAAAGUAUUGAAAGAUUUUAAAUAUAUACCACCUCCAAUACUUAAUAAUAAUACUAAAGAAGCUAGUGACGCUAAUCAGAAAUCUAUUACUAUACCAAAAGACACUUUGGAUACUAUAACUUCGUCUAAAGAGAAUUUAACGCUGAUAUUCACCGAAUAUAAUGAUAUUGAAAAAUUAUUGCAACCUAUUCAAUCAGACAAUGUAGAAAGAAUAUUAAAUAGUAAAAUAAUAUCUGCGUCACUUUUGAAGGCUAAUAAAAGGGUUUCAGGACCAUUUGAAGGAUUUAUUUAUUAUACAAAACAAUUGAUGGAAUUUAUCAAUGCUCAUUCUGGAAUUUUUCAUUAG